GCGACGGUAGAGACAAGUUAAAUAGUUUAAAAAAAAUACUUUACAAAAAAUCUUAUUCCAAUUCAUAAUAUAAUAAAAAAGAAAAAAGGAAGCCACACAACUCUUCCAUAAUAUCACUGGAUUGAAUUUAAUUUUGGUUGACUAAACCAAUUUAUAACCACCUUUUGCUUUUGUAAAAGAAGAAAAGUAGGUUAAAUUAGGUUAUGUAUAGAUAAACAUAAAAUUAAAAUAAAAAUUAAUAUAAGUUUAAAAUGGAACCUGAUUGUGUCGGUUCUCCUCAAUCAUGUUCCCGAAAAGUACCAGAAAGUUGCAAUAUUACAUCCAGAUUUCAAGAAGCAGUUAAAGAUUUAAAACUGGGAGAACUGCUUCAUGAUGAUCUGUUUGGCCUUUUUGAAGCUAUGUCUGCCAUUGAAAUGAUGGAUCCAAAAAUGGAUGCUGGCAUGCUAUGUAAUAGAGGAUCAAGAAAAAUUAUAACAUUUGACCAAGCUGUACAAGACAAGAUUCUAAAAUUAGAUGGAUUUAGCAAUGCAGAAUUAAUUGGGAUAAUAGAUAGUACCUUUGCUUGUCUAGUUUCUUGGCUAGAAGGGCAUUCACUAGCACAAACGGUAUUUAUUAAUCUAUAUCUACAUAAGCCUUACAUAAUAGAAGACAGAGUUCUAAGAGUAUUUUGUUUAGCCAUUUACAAACUACUGGAUGAGAUCAAAGAACUUGUUCAUAAUGGAAUGGUCUACGAGGAAGAGGAUUUUCAACCGAUGCAAUAUGGUUACCACUUAAAUCCAGAUGUUUCUCAACAGCGCAUGAUUGGAAUGCUACGGGAAGUUGAGGAAGAUCUGCAUAAGAAAAAUAGGAUUAAUCCGGAUGAAGAAACUCACGCUUUGUUUGCCAGAAUCAAAUUUUUGAGACUCUUUUUGCAAGUACUGAUUUCCAUGUUUAAAAAAGACGAACAACCUGUGAUAUCCGAAUGCACGAGACUUUUAGUUAAUUGUUUGGAUAUGUUACAUAUUAUACAGAAGAGCGUCGAUAAGGGUGUAACUAGUGAAGAUGCCAAUUCUGAAUAUAUUUUGGGAUUUGAACCUUCGAUCAACCAAAGACUGCUACCUCCUACAUUUCCUAGAUACACUAAAAUUAAAUCACGGUCCGAAGCUAUUGCUUACUUCAUUGAUGUGACUGAGAAAUUUAAAAUCGCCACUAAAAUUACAUCAAUUACGUCACUGCAUCAGGCUAUGGAUUUCUUCAUCGAUUUCAGUAAAAGUAGUCCUUGCAUAUUGUCCCGGUCAGCUCUACAGAUGAUGUAUCCUGGUUCAACUGGAAAUUUAAAGGACAUACUAAAGGAUGCUGUUAAAUCAUUUAUUUCUCCUCCUGCACUAAUAUCCAAAGCUCUAUUAAAUAAUUCACAGGCUAAACAUUACGUUGAUACAUUUUUGUCUCACUGUACAAGACCAUUUACACUUUUUCUCCAAUUAUGUGGACAUAACAGAGCGAGACAAAGAGAUAAAUUGGCCCAUAUUUUAGAAGACUUUACUUCUUUACAGGACGAGGCAGAAAGAGUAGACGCUUAUUUGCACACCCUUUCCGUAAAUUCUUCACAUAUAGCCUGUUUUGGAACCUGGAUUUUAUAUCAUACUUUAAGAAUAAUGAUUAUGUAUCUCUUAACUGGGUUUGAGUUAGAGCUAUAUAGCGUGCACGAGUUUUACUAUAUUUAUUGGUAUUUGUACGAAUUUUUGUAUGGUUGGCUCAUAUCAGCUUUAUCUAGGGCGGAUAGCUUUUUAGCGGAAAAUGAGCUUCUGUACGAUCCCCAUAAGGGCAAGGGAGCAACUAAAAAAAAGCAGAAGAAUAAGAAGAAAUCUAGGCAGCAUAAUAAAGAUAUUGUAUAUCUUCAAGCUCUUCAAAACAUGUGUGGAGGUUAUUAUAAGGCGUUAAUGGGUUUCCGACUAGAAAUGAAACUGAUUAUCCCUAACCCACGAUUCGACAGCGAACAAGUAAGAUACGAACAUCGAUUCGCGCCAUUUCAGAACCUGCUAACUCCGCCCCCUGUGGUCUACUCAGAAUUUAAAGAGAUGACUUCAUUCGAAAGAUUCCAACAGCAACCGAUUGACAGCUCUUUUCUGUAUAUAGCCGGAUACAAACACUUUUACCAAGCUCGGAAGUUACUCGAAACCAUAGCUCCGGAUAGCGAAAUUACAGAUCUAUUGACAAUUUGUAAAACUAAUUUCGUUGUUUUAAAAUUACUAGCUGGUGGGCAUAAAAAAGAUUCCAUAAGGCCUCCCGAAUUUGACUUUUCUAAAAAUAAAUAUUUUGCUACUAUGAAGAUCACGUAAGUUCGACCUCGGUCUCUCUCUUCAGUCCUGACCCCCGAAGGGAGUGUCCAUUUACUAUCGGUUUUUGCUCCAAAUUUUAAAGAACCUGGGAUUGACAUGACAUUUUUCAUACACAUAGCUAACAUGUCAAAGAAAAAAGUGAUAUUGUACCGAUGUGUGCUUUUUUCUUGGGUGAGUCUCACCCCUUCUCGGGGAUGAAAAAAUAUAAAUAUGUUCAAAAUAAAUCCAGAAAUAGAUAAACUUUUGUUCAUUUUUUAAUAAAAUAAAACACGUUUUUAGAUGGUUUUUCGCAAAUAACUCAAAAAUAAAGGAUUUUAUCGAAAAAAUAUAGCAGUAUGUAUAAUAAAUAUUUUUUCUUUUAAUACCUGUUCAUAUUGAAAACGGGUCAUGUCUUUUUUAAAAAAUUGUGGUUUCUAGGUCUUUAAAAAAACAUUUUUAAAACAUUCAUUAGUUUCUAUAGUCAAUUACAAAAUUAAAAAAUAUAUAAGGAAAGUAAUUUUCCGAAUAGUCUUAAAGAGAAAAAGUUUUUUACCUCUCCUAUAAAAUUUAAAAAAGUGGAGGUGUCCUCUUUUCAAAAUGACCGAUUCAAUUACAAUUGGGUCUUACAAAUAAUUUCUCUCUGGCAUUGUGAGAAUGUUAUUAAAUUCAACUACAGUCGGAAAAAUGAGAGAAUACCCAUGCGUCAUCGAUGAUAUGCAUACGAAUCAAAUCAAACAUUUCUAGUCAAAACAAAGUCUAAACUAAGUUAAUACUGAAAAUAAACGGAUGUGACUACUACCCCACAGUACGAUUUUUCGAUACGUAAGAAUGUGUCAAAAAAUGUUUGUAAUGUUAUUCUUUUUCUGAUAAUAUAUAUUUAUUGGUGAUAAAUGUUACUAUUAAGUACUACCGUAAUUAAUUAUUUGAUAUAUAUUAAUAAUACAAAAAUAAUGAGUAAGCAAAUAUAGUAUUAUGAAUUUUUCCAUGUUAAAGUUGCCGGACGUAAAUAGUAACAGGAAUUUAAAAAGUGUCGUUUAUGUCAGCUGCAUUAAGUGAUUAAAAUGAAAGUAAACUUAAUGAAUUCAGAUCAUUAGGUAUCCAGAUCAUUUUCCAGACAUUAUCUGCAAAUAAAUGUACAUUCGUAAAAAUAUACUAAUCUGUAAUUUCAUACACUACAUAUGAUUGAAAAGUCAGAGUAAUAUGUACACGUUUGGCGAACUCAUAGACAGAAGUUAAACAUAUUGACAGAUGAUUAUUUACAAAUUUUAUUGACGUAUUUAAUCGUUUAAAACCAAAAAUACAAUAUAAUAUCAAAAUAGCUCUUAAAAGAACUGAAUUUAUUCAAGUAAAUACGACUGAUUAUAUUAAAAUUUAUAAACUCUACUGGUAGGGGAGCCCAAGCGGGGAUUUUUGCAGUUACUCGAGCGCGUCAGAUUAUCAUAUGGAGAGAAACCUGGUACCCUGCAGAUGUACCUCUACCAUAUAUUGGCUCUCAACACAGGGGAGUUCGUUAAGGGGGGCCCGAAAAAAACAAUCUCUCCUUAAAAAAACUCGAAAUUGUCAGAUUAAGAUAAGGUAAGUUAAGUACAUGCAAAAGAGUGUAUAUUUCAAAAAUCUGACGAUUUGAACCAGGCGUAAGGAAAUGGGUGAGUCCCAAAGUUUCACAAGAAAAAAGUGAAUAUUUCGCGAAAUGAAUAACAGAUCGAAAAACUAAAAAACAUGUGCUCAAUAUUUUUUAAAAAUCUAUCGAAUGAUAUCAAACACGACUUCCCACAGAGAGGGGGGGGGGGGUAAAUUAAAUAUUUUAAAUACGAAUCCCGCGAUAUUUCGCGAAAUGAACAUCAGAUCGAAAAACUGUAAAAUACACUUAUUUAAUAUUUUUAAAAAAUCUAUCGAAUGACACCAAACAAUAUCCCCCACGGAGGUGGGGUGGGGGUUACUUUAAAAUCUUAAAUAGGAGCCCCCAUUUUUUAUUGCAGAUUUGGAUUCCUUACGAAAAAAUAAGUAACUUUUAUUCGAAACAUUUUUUCAAAUUAUGCAUAGAUGGCGUUAUAAUCGGACAAAACGAUUGUUGGAAAUGGAAAGUUAAAUUAAAAAAUGGCAAGCGCCCACUAAAAUGGAAAAUGUUACUUAACUUUUUUUGGUUUUAGGACCUACUCAUCACAACCCAAUAGGUCUCCAAAGCGCUCGAGUGACUGCACAUUUAGCAUACUUUGCUCCCCUACCAUACCGAACCUACCAGUUUCACUUUCAAAGUGACAGAAAUCGAAUCAGUCAGAUUCUAGUUGACCAGCACGAUUAAUCGAAUAGUAGUUUAUACAAUCAUUAUCUCUACUCAUGUUGAAUGUUUUUCUAAGAAUGACAUUAGAAGUACAGAAAUAGUCAAGUGUGAGUUUAAAUUUUCUACUAAAUUAAUAUAACUACGUUGAAUAAUUGUAUCGGCGUCUCACUCUGUCAAUUAUAAAUAUGUGACUGCGUAUGUUUUGGAAAACGUUUUUGCUUUGUAGACAACACUUAAUAAUCUAUCUCUCUCGUUUGUUAUUUAUAGAAAAAGGCAGCAAAUCCAAAAUAUGUGCUUGAUAUGAUGGUUCAUGGGUAUUCUUUCAUUUUUCCGACUGUAUUUACCUUUAUAUAUCUUGAUAAAAUGGGAAAUUAAACAGGAAACAAAAUAACUGUAUAUCUUUGUAUUUUUUUAUCUAUGUUUUAUCAAAUAAUUUGUUUGGAAUUUAUGUAUAUUAUUACAGAAAUAAAUUAUACUUGUUGUAAA